CAGGAAGGCUGGCGAUGAACCACGCUACGGCCGCGUCUCAUUGUUCUGCCGCAAACCCGGCCGUGCCGAAUUGCCGUGCACAUGGCCCCGCUUUGCUCCCUGACUCCCCAUUCCGGGCUGGGGGAAAAAAAUGACAUUUUAUUCGCCUGCCCUGGCCGAAAGGACAAUCAUUCGCCUUCUGCGGCGGGGUGGGGGUGGGGGGUGUAAAUCUUACUGCGUGGACAUGAAGAGUGGGUGAUUUUGCUCAUGCUGACGCGCUUUUGAGUGUGGAAGAGAAAGGGUUAACUUGUCACCCGUGCUGCGUGUAGGGGACUCGGUCUGUAGGAAGAGUCGCCUUGUAUUUCGCGUGUAGCCCAAACGGAUUUGACGAAUGGGAGCGAUUCUUGGCUUUGUGGUGCGCUCAGUUCACCCUGCAGCCUCCCGUUCAGCCGGUCAAGUCCUGCACCGUUUUGGAGGGUCAAGGUUGCGUCCUAUUUGUUUAGAGAAGGGCCCUUCCUCGCUGUGUGGAAAGGAGACAAAAGGGAUAAGUGUGUAAAGCAAAGGAAUCAAUGGGUCCCCCACACACACACUCUGUUUGCAGCCGUAGGUACUGCUGGCAUCCCACUAAAACACUGCUUGCUUUGAAACAGCUGCAUCCAACAUUUUCUUUAAUUCCCAAAUACAGUUGGCCUAUGCAGUUUAGAAAGAUGUGCAGGACGGGAUCCUAUGGAUCGUGCGUGUGACAGUGCAAAACCGCAGCCCCAGCCUGCUAUAAGGCAGCAGAACUGGAGGAGGGAAUGUGCUCUUUGGAGCCCUAGUCACGGAGCAAGACCCUGUUGUGCGAGGUGCUGUACAAACACAGAACAAACUGUCCCAAAGAGCUUGGCUGCUUUGAACUUUAAACAGGAUGUGGACACUACGGAAACAUGUUUGUUGGUCUCAGUCCAGUUGCCCAAAGAACCAUCUGACACGUGCACUGGUCAUGAACUUAGAUGAUACCCUCAAAACGGAGUCAAAAGGUUGAAUGGACCAUUGAGGCUGAGGCACAUUGCUGGGUAUAACCCUCACCCUUCUGGAUACAGCGUGUGACAAAGACCCAAAUGAAGAAUGCAACAAAAUUAUCCAUGAACAUUUGCUGUAAUGUAAAGGUGUCCCCCUUAUGGAAUUCAAAGAACAGUUCGACAUCAUUUAACUUCAACUUUUGUCUAGUCUUUUGAAGAAUGGGCAUCAUCACUUUACAAGGCCAAAUAGAGAAUUCUCCUGUAAACACCAGUAAUCUAAAUUGCAUGCUUCCUGGGACUAAGUAAUUUAUAAAAUUGGAUGCCGUACGGACAAUUUGUAAUCAGGAUAAAGAAGCUUGGGAAAAACAAGUAAACCGUUUUUAUAUAUUAAUAAGACGUUAUUUUAAUUGCAUAUUUAGCAAAACCCCACAAUUAUUAAAUGACAGUAUGAUUAUUGUGACUUCCUACAAGAUCUCACUUAGCAUGUCAGCUGUUUGCAAACGGAAAAGAGAGAGGAAGAUUAUGGUUCAGUCGAUCUCCAAAUGAUCAAAAGUCAAUACCACAGUUUUGUAACUCGUCUCUUCAGCACCAUCCAAAGAUGUGAAAUUUGCUUCUCUGCAGAAUCUUAGGGCUGCUUUGGGUGGCAAUAAACAGCUGACUCACGUCCGAGGAAAGCACAACAAUGGGAGUUCUCAAAUGAGCGUGCGGCAGGAAUAGGCCACCACCACCUACUCACUCACACUAAAGGUCUCCAGGAGGAGUUCUCCUGACACCAUGGAGAUUCUGUUCCUGAAAAUGCUUCUGCUGCUGGCUGGCUGUUUAGUUGGGCUCUUCUAUCACCUCUCAGAUCUUUGUGUGGGUGAGAAGAGAACAGUUCAGAACAAGCCAAAUUUCAUAGUCAUUUUGGCAGAUGAUGUUGGAUGGGGGGACCUUGGGGCCAACUGGGCAGAAACCAAGGACACUCCUAACUUGGAUCAGAUGGCUGCAGAAGGAAUGAGAUUUGUGGAUUUUCACUCCGCUGCAUCCACUUGCUCCCCAUCCCGUGCCUCCCUGCUCACAGGAAGGCUCGGCAUUCGCAAUGGAGUGACCCACAACUUUGCUGUCACGUCAGUGGGUGGCCUCCCCCUCAAUGAGACUACGUUAGCUGAGGUGCUGAAGGAAGCAGGAUACAUCACUGCGGUAAUAGGUAAAUGGCACCUCGGGCACAGCGGCCUCUAUCAUCCCAACUUUCGUGGUUUCGACUAUUACUUCGGGAUCCCCUACAGUCACGACAUGGGUUGUACUGACACCCCAGGCUACAACCUCCCUCCCUGUCCGGCAUGCCCUCGACACUCUGCAGCCACAAGCAGCCAUGGAAGAGAUUGUUACACCAAGGUGGCUCUUCCUCUCUUUGAAAACAUCACCAUCAUCCAACAGCCUGUGAACCUCACUGGCUUGGCUGCAGAGUAUGCAGAAAAAGCAACUCAGUUCAUCCAGUGCGCAAGUGAAAGCGGACGCCCGUUCUUCCUAUACCUAGCGCUGGCCCAUAUGCACGUGCCCUUGGUCCUCGCUCAGCCUCCCUCCAGCCCCUCAUUCCCUGAGCCAUACCGAGCCAGCCUGAGGGAGAUGGAUGCCCUGGUGGGACGGAUAAAGGACAAAGUUGAUGGCUGCGGGAAGGAAAACACAUUCCUUUGGUUCACAGGAGACAACGGCCCUUGGGCUCAGAAGUGCGAGCUCGCAGGGAGCGUGGGCCCGUUCUCCGGGGCAUGGCAAAGGCAACGAGGUGGGAGUGCAGCCAAGCAAACGACCUGGGAAGGGGGACAUCGAGUUCCGGCGCUGGCUUAUUGGCCUGGCAGGAUCCCUGCAAACGUGACGAGUGCUGCACUCUUGAGCACCACAGACAUUUUCCCCACCUUGGUGUCCCUGGCAAAGGCAAGCCUGCCUCCCAACAGGCGCUUUGAUGGUUCAGACGUGUCUGAGAUUCUCUUCGGGCAGUCGCACCAAGGGCACAAGACGUUGUUUCACCCCAAUAGUGGAGCAGCUGGAAAGGACGGAGAGAUAAAAGCGCUACGGCUGGCUCAAUACAAGGCAUUUUACACUACAGGCGGGGUGAAAGCCUGUGACGGAAGCAUUGGGCUAGAAGAGCAUCACCAACCGCCGCUCAUUUUUAAUCUGGAUCAAGACAUUCAGGAGCAGGUGCCUCUGGACGUGAAGGCUGGCGAGUAUCAGGCUGUGCUACCUGCGAUAACCAGGGCUUUGACAGACUUUCUUCAGGAUAUUGCAACAGACAACGUCUCAACAGCGGAUUACUCCCAUGAUCCAGCAGCGACGCCCUGCUGCAAUCCACAGCACAUAGUUUGCCGAUGUCAGGCUAGCUGCUCUAGCUGUAACAGCGAGCCGUAGACAAGAGUUUCACACUGAAUCGGCUAGCAGGCAAACCAAGAGGGGCUUGGAUAAUUUGCUGCAGUAACUUUAACAGCCAUGCAGAUAUGAGUCAUUCAUACAGAAGACCUGGAAGAACUCAAAGAUGUGGCAUUUGUUUCUGUAGGAUGCACGAAAGAAAGAGGCUUAACGAAGAAAUCAGUUUCAACAGUAAACUAGGUCUCAUGCUAUACAGACUAAUGUCCAGGGAAAUGAUCACGCCAGCUUGUGUUCCCAAAGAGUGAAAGAGUUUAAACUGUAAUAAUGCUUUAUACUGUUUCACUGUCUUUUCGUUUCUUCAAUUAUUAUGACAACCAAAUAAUCUAGUUUAAAGUACAUUUGCACCUUGCAGCAAUAAAAGAGAAGAUCCUGUAAAAGGACCUUUGUAGAGGAUGUAUUUCUGCUCUCAGUGGAUAUGUGCAACUUCCACUGAAUAUUAACAGAAGUUGUGCCCGAGUGCAUGGAGAGAUGCACACCCACCCCUGCAAACUCACUCUCCCUGGCAUGCAUUCUGAAUAAGGAAAGGAAGCAGACUGCUUGAUG